CUGCCGCCCGGGGCCGGGCGCCCGGCCUGCUCCGCCAUGGCGAGUGACAGCGGCGGGCUCAGCGGGCCGAGCGCCAGCGAGCGCGAGCGCCAGUACUGCGAGCUGUGCGGGAAGAUGGAGAACCUGCUGCGCUGCGGCCGCUGCCGGAGCUCCUUCUACUGCUCCAAGGAGCACCAGCGCCGGGACUGGAAGAAGCACAAGCUCGUGUGCCAGAGCGGCGAGGCCGGGCCCAAAGGGGUUCCCGGGGCGGGGGGAGCGGCCCGGACAACGGCCGAGGCGCCCCCGGCACGGCACUCGCCGCGCCCCGAGCGCACCCUGCUGAGCUCCGGGGAGGCGCUGAGCCCUGGUGGCGGAGCCGGGCGACCGCGGCCCAACGGGCAGACGAAGCCGCUGCCCGCUCUGAAGCUGGCGCUGGAGUACAUCGUGCCGUGCAUGAACAAGCACGGCAUCUGCGUGGUGGACGAUUUCCUGGGCCGCGAGACGGGGCAGCAGAUCGGCGACGAGGUGCGCGCGCUGCACGACACCGGCAAGUUCACGGACGGGCAGCUGGUCAGCCAGAAGAGCGACUCGUCCAAGGACAUCCGAGGCGACCAGAUCACCUGGGUGGAGGGCAAGGAGCCCGGCUGCGAAACCAUCGGGCUGCUUAUGAGCAACAUGGACGACCUCAUCCGCCACUGCAAUGGGAAGCUGGGCAGCUACAAGAUCAACGGGCGCACGAAGGCCAUGGUUGCUUGUUACCCAGGCAAUGGAACAGGCUAUGUUCGUCACGUGGAUAAUCCAAAUGAAGAUGGAAGAUGUGUGACAUGUAUAUAUUAUCUAAAUAAAGACUGGGAUGCCAAGGUAAGUGGAGGUAUACUUCGAAUAUUUCCAGAAGGCAAAGCCCAGUUUGCUGACAUUGAACCCAAAUUUGAUAGACUGCUGUUUUUCUGGUCUGACCGUCGCAACCCUCAUGAAGUACAACCAGCAUAUGCCACAAGGUACGCAAUAACUGUUUGGUAUUUUGAUGCAGAUGAGCGAGCACGAGCUAAAGUAAAAUAUCUAACAGGUGAGAAAGGCGUGAGGGUGGAACUCAACAAGCCUUCAGAUUCAGUCAGUAAGGACGCCUAGCGUGGCUCGUGGCCCAGCAGCACUCCUCACUGAACUCUGGGCGCUGCCUGAUGGCACGUGACAUGAAGGACCGGGGCACGGCGGCAGCGGAGGGGGCUGGCCAGCGCUCCGCCAGGAGCAGGAGCGGCUUCCCACGUCUCACCGAGCAGAAGGCCGCCGCACGGCCAGCUGCGAGCUGGGAUUGCUGACAGGAAGAGGAGACGCUAUCGAAAGAAAAUGGCUGUUCUAUCUGGACCUGAAAUAAGUGCCCUACAUAGAACUUUUCAUUCUUAUAUUUUGCCAGAUCUGUCAUCUAGCUGAGUUCAUUUCAUGUCUUUUUUAUAUCAAAUUUGAAUUUGGGGUAAUUUUUGUAUGAUUAGGUACAAUUUAUCAAAACUGAAUUGAGAAAAAAAUUACAGUAUUAUUCCUCAAAAUAACAUCAAUCUAUUUUUGUAAACUUCGUACUAUUAAAUUUUGCCCUAAAAGACCUCUUACAAUGAUUGUUGCCAGUGACUGAUGACUAAUUUUCUUUUGACUUAAAGGAAAGGAGCACUUUAAGAACCAACUGAAAACCCAGAUUGUUUUGUCGUCCUGUCUUACACUAAUUGAACUCUUUAAAGAUUGCUGCUGUCAUUUUUUGACAUUGUUAAUAAUGAAACCUAAUAGUAAAACAGUCACCAUUGAUUGCUGAGUAAAAUGUUUUACAAGAAAAAA